GCACUCCCGCCACCCCCACCCCCAGAUUGAACAUUCUUGAGGUGGGUGACGCAACCAAAGAUGCAGGGCCUUCGAGUCUAGCUGUGACCCCUGAGCACCCCCCUCACUCAGUUCAUGCUGAGCCCCAACUCGGGCAUCUCUGCUGUCUGCUCAAACUCGGAACCCACUGAAAACCCAGUGAGGAAGCUGUUGGAGCCCAAGGAAGGCCCCCAAGUCUUCCGGCCAACUGUCUUCUGCCUUAGGGGCCCUUGGCUGGUGGGGUCAGAAGCAGGGGACAGGACACGGCCGGAGCAGCUAAUAAGACUGCCAGACCUGCGGUGUCCUUGACAGAGCCAUGACCUGCCAGAUUAACCUGAUAUUACUGUGUGAAGGCUGCCUAUGUUUCCAAGUUUUCGGUUCUCCUGAAUGGAAGUAAAGAUAAAAAUCUGCAGUCAAAACUGCAAUGAAGUAUUGAUUAAAAUAGCCUCUUUUUUGAUGGUACAUGCAACUAAUGGGAUGACUUGGAGGCAGGAAUUCAGAAGCUCCGGAGAGACCACCGACUACCGGAUCUGCCCCCUCGGCUCAGCUCACCCUACCAUGUGGACUUUGCCCCUGCAGGCCAGGAGUGGAGUUUUAAAAUAAAAUGGAUGAUCUGACGUUACUUGAUCUUCUGGAGUGCCCCGUGUGCUUUGAAAAGCUCGAUGUCACGGCCAAAGUCCUCCCUUGCCAGCACACCUUCUGCAAACCAUGUCUCCAGAGGAUUUUCAAGGCCCACAAGGAGCUGAGGUGCCCCGAGUGCAGGACCCUGGUGUUUUGCAGCAUCGAGGCACUGCCGGCCAACCUGCUGCUCGUGCGUCUUCUAGACGGUGUGCGCUCGGGGCAGAGCUCGGGGAGAGGGGGCUCCUUCCACAGGCCUGGCGUGCUGACAGCGCAGAACAGCGGGAGAAGCAGGACGAACCCCAGGGGUCUGCAGUCUAGCUCUUUCCGGCUGGUGCCUAACAUCAGAAUCCACAUGGAUGGGGUGCCAAGAGCAAAGGCCUUAUGCAACUACCGAGGGCAGAAUCCCGGCGACCUGAGGUUUAAUAAGGGAGACGUCAUCCUCCUCCGGAGACAGCUGGAUGAGAACUGGUACCAGGGGGAGGUCAAUGGAGUCAGUGGGAUCUUCCCAGCCAGCUCCGUGGAAGUCAUCAAGCAACUGCCCCAGCCACCCCCGCUUUGCCGGGCCCUCUACAACUUUGACCUACGGGACAAAGACAAGAGUGAGAACCGGGACUGCCUGAGCUUCCUCAAGGAUGAUAUCAUUACUGUGAUCAGCCGAGUGGAUGAGAACUGGGCAGAAGGCAAGUUAGGAGAUAAAGUCGGCAUCUUCCCAAUCUUGUUUGUAGAGCCCAACCUCACUGCAAGACACCUGCUAGAGAAGAACAAGGGCCGUCAUUCGACUCGCACAAAGAGCCUGUCCCUGGUGCCCUCACCCUCCCGAGGCAAAGCAGCCAACACGGCCACCCUCCGCAGAGGCCCUGGGUCCCGGAGGAAGGGGCCCGGGCAGUUCUCCAUCACAACAGCCUUGAACACUCUCAACAGGAUGGCCCAUGCUCCCUCGGGGCGCCACGUGGUGGAGAUCAGCACCCCAGUGCUCAUCAGUUCCAGCAACCCCUCUGUGAUCACCCAGCACAUGGAGAAAGGAGACGUUCCUCCCAGCUCCGCAGGGCAGGUCAGCACUUACCACUCCGUACCUGCCUCGCCAGGACAUUCCACAGCCAUCAUCAGUCUGCCCAGCUCCCAGCAACACCUCUCAGCAAAUAUGUUUGUGGCCCUGCACUCCUACUCAGCCCAUGGGCCUGAUGAGCUGGACCUACAGAAAGGAGAAGGCAUCAGGGUCCUGGGCAAGUACCCGGAUGGCUGGCUCAGGGGCGUCUCCUUGGUCACUGGGCGGGUCGGCAUCUUCCCCAACAACUAUGUCAUCCCCAUUUUCAGAAAGACAUCUAGUUUUCCAGAUCCUCGGAGUCCUGGCCUCUAUGCCACAUGGACAUUAUCCAACUCCUCUGUGUCCUCACAAGGCAGCAUUUCAGAAGGUGAUCCCCGCCAGAACCGUCCCUUCAAGUCCGUCUUUGUGCCCACCGCCAUCGUCAACCCCGUGAGGAGCACAGCCAGCCCAGGGACUUUAGGACAGGGCUCUCUUCAGAAGUCCGGGAGGAGCAGCAUGAGAAAGAGUAAGUGGUGGCAGAGAGAUGGAUCCCUGCAGAGGCCCGUCCCGACAGGGAUCCCCGCCCUGGUGGUGGGCUCCCUCAGACGCAGCCCCGCCAUGGUGGUGCAACCUCAGCAGUUCCCGUUCUACCAGCCGCAGGGGGUCCCCCCCGCCCCCUCCACAGUGGUGGCCGAACUGGGACCGCAGCCCACUCCCACCGGAGAGCCUGCCCUCACGUGUGUCAGCAGGGGCGGCGACACCAGGACCCGCUCCGCAGCCAGCUCCCUCAUCAUGGAAGGCAAGGAAAUCCCCAUCAAGAGCGAGCCUCCACCUAAACCGCCUGCCUCCGCCCCACCAUCCAUCCUGGUGAAACCAGAAAACUCCAGAAACGGCAGCGAAAAGCAAGUCAAAACCGUGAGAUUUCAGAAUUACAGCCCUCCUCCGGCCAAACAGUACACCACCCACCCCACGUCAGGAAAGCCUGAACAGCCCGCCACCCCGAAGGGGUCCCAGCCCGAAGCAGCCCCUUCAGGCCCAGAGAUGACCAUCCUAUUCGCCCACCGAAGCGGCUGCCAUUCCGGACAGCAGACAGACCUCCGGAGGAAGUCGACUUUGGGCAAGACCACCGCCCCAGUGCCCACUGCUGCGGCCACACAGACCGUGUUUCCCAGCAAAUGAAGCUACGGGUGGCUUUUCCCAGACCCAAAAGAGGUGAAUUGCAUUUAAAUACAGUCUGCCUCCACUGA